UGCACCGCAGCGAUGGCAAGAACCAAGCAGACGGCCCGUAAAUCCACCGGAGGCAAAGCCCCGAGGAAGCAGCUCGCCACCAAAGCCGCCCGUAAGAGCGCUCCAGCCACCGGCGGCGUCAAGAAGCCUCACCGCUACAGGCCCGGCACCGUGGCUCUGCGAGAGAUCCGUCGCUACCAGAAGUCCACCGAGCUGCUGAUCCGCAAGCUGCCCUUCCAGCGUCUGGUGCGAGAGAUCGCUCAGGACUUCAAGACGGACCUGCGCUUCCAGAGCUCCGCCGUCAUGGCCCUGCAGGAGUCCAGCGAGGCUUAUCUGGUCGGUCUGUUCGAGGACACCAACCUGUGCGCCAUCCACGCCAAGAGAGUCACCAUCAUGCCCAAAGACAUCCAGCUGGCCCGCCGCAUCCGUGGAGAGCGCGCUUAAACCCAACGCUCCUUCUAAACACAAAGGCUCUUUUAAGAGCCACUCCCGUUUUCACUUAAAAGAGUUUCAAAUUGGUCUACGUAGAUGUUAUCGAAAAUGGGUGUAAAGGUUUAACAUUACCUUAAAGCAGUGGUUCCCAAUCCUGGUUUCAUUCUGAUAACUGAAACCGCUCUGAAUGAUCAACUGC